AUGCUGCUGAGUCGGAGCCACUCAUCACGGCUCUCUGCCACUGCAUUGAUUGCCAGAAGUGCCUUUACCUCCAACCUUAUGGUCCCCCGCAGCUCUUUCAGAGUAACUAAGGGUUCGCCCAAACAUUGCGACACAACCGGAGACUCGGGCAAAAACAACCGCCACUUCUUUUGUCCUGACUGCGGCUCAAGUCUUUACAGUCAGCCUGACAUCAUGCCUGACAUCACUACUAUUAAGGCGGGAACGCUGGAUAAUGGGGAGAAUGGACUUCGGGGGCGUGUUGAUGUCGAGGUUUAUGUUAAGGAUCGGGUGGGAUUUGUGUCGGGUGUUGAGGGGGCGAGGCAGGAGGACACUAUAUGA